UCCUGUUUUUCCAACCGUGUCUAUAAAAAGCCGGACUAAAAACCCUUCUUAGCUUUUUAUUUUCCGAUUUCAGAGCUGCCUCUCGACUUCUGACGUGCGAGCGAGCGAGCGAGAGCGAGAGAGGGGGAGGGAAGGAGAGAGAGAUCGGAUUCGUGAUCUGUUCUGCACAUCGCGAAGAGUUGAGGUUCUAAAAGAGAACGAAACCCUUUGUCAGAUUUCUGAUCCGAGCUCUGAAAGAUGGGAGACUACAACGAUGCGUUCAUGCGCAACAACAACGCCGCAGUGCAGGCGCGCACAAAAGCCCAAAACCGCGCAACCGUUCUGCAGUUGAAACUGAUUGGGCAGAGUCAUCCGACUGGUCUUACGUCUAACCUUUUGAAGCUUUUUGAGCCUCGACCUCCUUUGGAGUAUAAACCGCCUCCUGAGAAAGGAAAAUGCCCACCAUAUACAGGGAUCGCACAAUUUGUGAGUAACUUUGCUGAGCCAGGAGACCCUGAAUAUGCACCACCUGUCCAAAAGGCUGAAACUCCAUCUCAAAGAAGGGCUAGAAUUCACAAGCUACGACUGGAGAAGGGUGCUGAAAAAGCUGCUGAAGAGCUUCAAAAAUAUGAUCCCAAUAAUGAUCCAAAUAUAUCAGGAGAUCCAUACAAGACAUUAUUUGUUGCAGGGCUUAAUUAUGAGACUACUGAGCACAGGAUCAAAAGGGAAUUUGAAGCUUAUGGGCCAAUCAAGCGGGUUCGCCUGAUUACUGAUAAAGAGACAAACAAGCCUAGAGGUUAUGCCUUCAUUGAAUACAUGCAUACACGGGAUAUGAAAGCUGCAUACAAACAAGCUGAUGGAAAGAAGCUCGAUAACAGAAGGGUGCUUGUUGAUGUGGAACGUGGUAGAACUGUUCCAAACUGGCGACCACGUAGAUUGGGUGGGGGUCUUGGAUCAACCAGGGUUGGAGGUGAAGAAGUUAAUCGGAAGUACUCGGGCAGAGAUCAACAGCAGAUGGGUUCAGGAGCAUCCCGUUCAGAAGAGCCGAGGGCCAGGGAAGAUCGUCAUGCAGAUAGGGAUAGGGAGAAAUCUCGCGAAAGGGGAAGAGACCGAGAAUGGGAACGCGAGAGAUCUCGUGAACGAUCCCAUGAUAGACCAAGGGAUCGUGAUGCAAGAGAAGAAAGACACCAUAGAGAUCGUGAGAGGAACAGAGACAGGGACAGGGACAGGGACAGAGAUCGGGGUCGUGAUCGUGAUAGGACACGUGAUCGUGAUCGGGACCGUGGUCGUGACUAUGAACGAGACCGAGACAGAGAAAGAGACAAGGAUCGUGAUCGUGACCGUGACCGUGACCGUGAUCGAGGCCGUGAUCGCCCUAGAGAGAAGGAGAGGGAUUAUGACCGUGGGGAUCAUGAUCAUAACGAGACAAAGCAUGAAAGAGACAAUCAGGGUGAAAAGGACAGGGAAUAUGAUCGUGGUGAGCCUGAGCAUGGCCGUGAGUGGUAUGACAACAUGGAGCCUGGCCAUGGAUAUGUGCAUCCAGACCAGGACCGUGAACAAGGACAUUACGACCAUCAAGGCCACAGACAGUAUGAUGAUCUUGAGCCCCAGGGUGACCCAAACCUUUAUAAUCAUGGUGCUGAGCGGUAUGAACAGAUGGAGCCUGCUGAUUACAGAUACGACCGUGAAAAGGAGAAAGCUCGAGACCGUGAACAUGAUCGUUCAGAGAGGUCAGUCUCGCGCGAAUACGAGCACUAGGCAUGCCGGUAGGUUCAUCAUAACUGGAAGAGACGUUUAAUCUGUGGUGGAAAAACAAACCUAGUAACUCCUUUUCUGUUUGUAGUUUUUUUUUUCCUAAAAAAUUGCGUGUUAGAUGGGUAGUAGCUCUUUCAUUUGGUUGAACGAUUGAAGGUAGUAUAUUUGUCUUGUAUAAGUUUACUGUAACUUGCGGUCAAUCCAUCUACCUCGGUAGAAGGGUGUUGAUGCUGGUUAAUGUGGUUAUAUCCUAUUGGAAAUAGCUUGAUUUUGGAGAUUUAACUUUA